AAGCGGCUCAUGCGCGAGCUCGGCAUGCUCAAGAACUCGCCGCACGAGUCCAUCGACGUCUACCCCUGCGAGGACGACCUCUCGUUCUGGAAGGCCGUCAUCGAAGGCCCGGACGGCCUCUACGCGGGCGCCACCUUCCUCCUCAGCCUCGAGUUCCCGGCCGACUACCCGUCGUCGGCGCCCUGCCUGCGCUUCCUCACGGAGAUCCGCCACGUGAACGUGAACCGCCACGGCCGCGUCUGCCACGCGAUCCUCGAGGGCGACUACGGCAUCGACGUCUCCGUGCGCGACAUCCUCUCCUACGUCUACGGCCUCCUGCUCUGCCCCGACGCCGAGACGGCGACGGACUCGAACCUGGCGUCGCUCUACUUCGAGCACCCGGAGCGCUACAAGCAGGCCGUC